AUGGCGUCCUCGAUGAUCUGCGUUACCGCUCCAUCCUAUACGGACCCUUCUGGAUACCAACUCUCAGAGCUUCCACGGCCCACUAUCACUGAGCCGACGGAUGUGGUCAUUCGAGUGCACGCCGCCAGCAUUAACCCCGUCGAUGUGAAGAAGGCAGCUGGAAUUCUCAGAUUCGCCGUCAAGGAUGAGUUCCCGUACAAGAUUGGGUACGACUGUUCUGGCGUUGUGACAGAAAUCGGGAGUGGAGUGAAAAGAAUCCGCGUGGGAGAUGAAGUGUACGCACGAUUGCCAGAAGUCGAUCGAGGUGCCUGGAGCGAAUAUGCCAAGUGUGCUGAAUACUAUGUCGCUCGCAAACCUGCCUCACUUUCCUUCGGGGACGCGGCGUCGUUGCCGCUGGCUGCUGUUACUGCGCUACAAGCACUCCGGAAAUACAGGGGCUCGUUGGAAGGGAAGACUGUGUUCGUCCCAGCUGGUUUAAGUGGCACAGGGGCCUAUGCAUGCCAACUGGCCAAGAAUGUCUUCCACGCCGGCAAAGUCAUCACCACCGUGUCAACAGCCAAAGUAGCCCGAGUUCCUGAACUGCUUGGCGAAGGCGUGGUCGAUCAAAUUAUUGACUAUACGAAAAACGAUCCCAUGAAAGUCAUUCCCCCGGGGUCCGUGGACUUCAUUCUCGACACCACGGGCGAUGCGAUGCGUUUCCUCUCUCUCAUGACGCCUUCGACGAGCUUUCUCGCCUCGAUCGCUACGCUGCCGUCCGGCGAUCUUCUUCAGAAGUCGAGUGUCAUGCGGCGGCCAGACAAUCCGCAACUGCCCUGGCUCGCUCGGAUCGGCCUCAACCUUGCAGACGCAAUUCGCAGAGCUCGGGCGAAUCGGUGGCGGGUUGAGUAUGAGUAUCUUUUCCUCGAACCGAAUGCUGAGGAUUUGGAGACGUUGAGCAAGCAUGUCGAACAGGGGAAAUUGGUCCCUGUGGUUGGAGCCAGGGUGAAGCUGCAGGAUAUCGAGAAAGUAAAGGAAGCCUGUGGGCUUGUUUACAAGGGCAAAGGGGGAAUCGGCAAGACGAUCAUUGAGGUUGCUCAGACUUGA